AUGUCUUCUACACCUCCCACAACCAUGGCCGAACUCAUAGAUCCAACAAACUCCACCCGCUCAACCCCCACCAUCGCCGCCACCGACGCAACCCUGCAGAUCGGCAGCUCGACCACCAUCUCCGCACCCUCCGCACGCGUUUGGGCCGCUCUAACGGACACAUCAACAUGGCCCGAUUGGAACUCCUUCGUACCCCGCGUAACCAUCCGCUCCCAGCCCGACCAGGAUGAAUCCACCACCCUGUCACCCAUCCUCCAAAACGGAACGAAAGCCACAUUCCAUGUCCGCAUGGAUCCCGACUCGACCAAACCACAAGCCGCGACAGACGUCCAGCUCGUGGUCACGGAAUUCGUCGCGCCGAACGCCGAAACGGGUACAACCGGACGGAUCGUGUGGGUUGGAGAUUACGAUGCACCGGGCUCCAUGUCAAGCUCGCUUUUGACCGCGGAGCGGGUGCAUGAAGUUACCGAUGUCGAGGGCGGUACGGAGGUGCGCAAUUGGGAGUGUCAGGUUGGAUGGCUGGUCUAUAUGGUGAAGUGGAUGUAUGGGGCUAAGCUGAGGCAUAACUUUGAGCUGUGGGUUCAGGACUUGAAGAAAUUCGUCGAGAGCGGGUCUAUCUCUUGA